AUGUGGAGGGAGGAGAAGGGGGGGAGGGAGGAGGGGGAGGAGGGGGAGAAGAAGAAGGAGGAGGAGGAGGAGGAUGGAGGGGUGAGGGCGGCGAUGAUUCUGUACGUUGGGGCGAUCUUUCAUGGGUUGGUUGGCUGGGGAGUGCAAUGGUCAUUUGGCAUAGGCGUCCGGGGGAGGAACCAUGGGGUCUUUGGGGAGAGGGUUGUGGGGAUGUUGAGUUCCUAUGUUGAUGUAUUGGUUGAGCUGCGUGUAUCCAUGCGUGAAGUCCUCUUGUUCAAUCUGCAUCUGAAUAGGGUUGUGAUCGAGCAGAUGGUGCCUUCCAGGGUGGAGUCAUCCCUUGCUGCCUCCAGAAUAGGGUUCCUCCUGGGAGGGGGUCUAAUAGGAUCUGACGUGCCUGAAGUGCUGCGCGGCCCAAAGCCCUGUCUACUUGCAGUGCUUGGCCAUGAUGUUGUCAGUGAUCUUCCUGGAGAGGGUGUCGGCUGCGUGCUGUCAGCCAGCUUGGUGAUGAUGGACUGUGUAACUUGCUUCAUGAUCGCAUCUGCUACAUUACCCGUUUUCAUGUCCUUCAGUAGGAAGGCCACUGCUCGGAUUGCCACGACUACCGGGACCGGCGUAGUGCUUGACAUUUGUAGUAGCUUCGAUUCGAGAAAGGUUUUCCCACUGGGCGCAUCUUUGACUCUGUUUGACAUGGCUUCUAUUGCUUCUUGUGUGAUGGGUGAUCUUGUUAUUUUUUCAGUUGUGGAUGUAUACCUUUGGGAGCUGGGGGAAUAUUUGGACCAUGACACUCAGCUACCACAUCUCAUUGACCCAGACUGGGUGAUGGGUCAGCUUGCUAUGAUGACUGUGUCUGUCAGCAAGAGCAAGACAAAGGUCCAUUUCUCAGAAACCAUAGAUUGGAAGGGAAUGGUCUCUUUGCCCGAUGAUCCACAAAAGCAGAUGAAGUGGAUAGAACUUGGAAUGUAUGGAUUUGUCAGAUGGAGCAGAUGGAACUUGCAGAUUGGACGGGAUGCAAGUCAAAUUCAAAGGAAGUUCAUUAAAAGAAAAAUAGGAGGAAGUUACAUGAAGGUACAGUAUUUUCAAGGAACACUGAAGUAUAGGUAUAACAAGAAAAUGUGUUGUUUGGGUGCUGGUGCAUCUUCAUCAGGACCUUUGUUCGCCUUCAACUUCUUGAAUGACAAUCAAUGUCCGAAGGCAAUAUACUUUUGUGUUGAAAUGGGUGUCUUCUAUAAGGACACCAGGAUGACCAAAUUCCUUCUUGAAGGCCUCUGCUGCUUUUUGAUGAGUUUUGGUAGCCUGGGCCUUAACAUCAUCAUGGUGUUCAAGAAACUGCUUGUGGAUGUUGCAGAAAUAUGCCUUUGUGCAAUUGGUAAUAAGUUGGCAGUCAUAGUUGGCAUCUAG